AUGGGGAUGCCAUCUUUAAGCAUAGUUCUCUCUCUUGUUGUCACAAUGCAAAGGAGAUUCAGGCAAAUCUUCACAUCAGUAAAAGAGCACACAAGCGUUAGCUGUGCAAAGAUUGCCACCGUUGGAGGGUUCUGCGACCUUGAUCUUGUGAUCGUGAAAGCUACAUCGCCGGACGACUUACCCUUGCCGGACCGCUACGUUCAUGAGCUCUUGAAAAUCUUCUCCAUUUCUCCUUGUUCAUUCCGGGCCUUUGUCUUAAGCUUCACCCGCCGGUUUAGCAAGACACAGUGCUGGCGAGUUGCACUGAAAUGUCUACUCCUCCUCCACCGAUUGAUCCGAUCAUUGCCGGAAAACAGCCCGUUUAGGAUCGAACUCAUAUGGGCUCGAUCAAACGGAAUGCUAUCUCUCUAUCCAUGUCAAUUCCGGGACUGUUCAUCCUCAGCCGGCAAAGAUUACACCAUGUUUAUAAGAUCAUAUGCUCGGUUACUCGACGAAGCUCUCGACUGUUUGUCAAUUGAAAGUGCAGAAAUUGAAGAAGAAGAAGAGCUUGAGAGCUUACCUGACAAAAUGAAAGAACUGGGUCGCAUGAUUGAGGUCUUACCACAGCUUCAAAGCCUAAUUGAUAGAGUGAUGGAUUGCCGGCCCAUCGGAGCGGCUGCUCGGAACUUUGUCGUUCAAUCAACAAUGAAACACAUCAUUCGUGAUAGCUUUACGUGUUACACAACUUUUAGGAGAGAGAUUGUUGUCGUUUUAGACAAUCUUAUUCAGUUACCAUACAGAAACUGUGAAGCAGCUUUUCAAAUUUAUAAAAACGCAGCUUUACAGGCUGAUCAACUUGGAGAAUUCUAUGACUGGUGCAAAUCUAUGGGGCUGUGUGGAUCAUAUGAAUACCCUUUCAUCGAUCGGAUACCGGAGAUUCAGAUUCGAGCUCUCGGAACUUUUCUCAGUGGGAUGUGGCAGUUAACAGAGUCAUCUUCUUCAACCACAUCUCCUUUAACAUCAACAAUACAAUCUCCAUUGAGUUUAACAGAAGAUGACAAUGAAAAACAACUGAUCCAAUUCUCGAAAGUCGAAGAACAUGGUGCUCUCAAGAAAUUGGAGGAAGAUGAAGAAGAAAUGGAGCCAUUGAUACAGUUGGAAGCCGACAAUAAUGUUUGUUGGGAGACCCUUUUAGAAGCUUCAAUCAGUUCAUCAUGCAUAGCUCCAAGAAACAGCCAUGGAUAUGGUCAUUGUUCAGUAGAUGGAGGCACAGGUGAGGUGAAUCAAUGGCAGAUUCAGAUAUAUAAUCCUUAUGCUUUGAACCCGUUUACCAGCAGUAUUACAAUGGAUCAUUCCCUAGUAACCCUACUUACCCAUGGGGACUUUGAUGCUCAGCAACAGUCAACAGACAUAAUUGGGUUAAUUUCUGCCGGCAGUUUCCUUGAUUCUUUGGAAUAA